AUGGAGUGGGUUUUAAAGAAAUUACAUUGUGAAAAUUGUGAAAAUCAUUUCCUUUCUCAACGAGACAUGCCACUCUCGUCUGCACUACAAGCACGCUUAAUUGAACGAGGCAUCCUCAACGCCUCGAACAUAAAUGCUGCACUCGAAGCCAGCGCGGAAAAUGACGAAGACAAUGAAGAAGUCUUUGCUGAAAGUUAUGAUGAACGCGAUGAUCAACAAUCGACAGCUGUAGUGCCCAAAAGGCCAACGACAAGUAAUUUCUCCGCUGCUGAUAUUCAGAUCGAGUUCGAAGAGUGUAUUAAAUGUCCGAACAAAUGGAAUCCAUACCAUACGUGCGUUGACUAUUGUAAAAAAAGAUAUGGAAUCAAGAACUAUACACCAGAUGCGAUUACCGAAAAACGACGUCGAAGAAUGCUGAAAAAGUAUCCAUUACCGAGCAAUUGGCGUGAAGUACCUGACGCUAAUUUGGAUCGAUGUUAUUAUUGGAAUUUAGAGACUGACGAAGUCUCAUGGUUACCACCUUCACAUCCACGAUCGCAUGUCACUGAAUCAGCUAUUAAAUUAAGACAUAAAGAAAUGGAAAGAAAGGUGGCGGAAGCCCAUCGACAAGCUGCUGGACCGUCAAAAAAGAAAAAGAAGAAAAACAAAGAGGACGGUGGAGAACGAUCUGAUACGGACGAAGAAGAUUUAAAUCCUGUACAAAAAUUGAAACGAAAGAUUGCUGGUAAAAUGCUCAGUUAUGAUGCUGAUCCGAUGGACCCAUCUUCAUAUUCCGAUGUUCCAAGAGGUACUUGGGCAUCCGGUCUUGAAGUGAAGGGCAAAGCUAAAAGUGCUGCUGACGACACAGCUAGUGGCGAGCUGUAUCAAAUGCGUCCUUACAUGUCACCCGGCGAUGUUCUUCGUAUGAAUGCCGAAGCUGCCAAGAAGAAGUCGAAAUAUUCAUAG